UAAUCCCAAACAAAAAAUACCAUCAUUCCUAGACUGAAAAAGCAAGCCCCCACCACUUAUCACGCUUCCCACUCUCUCUCUUCCACGCCUGAGGAGGAUUAGACUUAUCCCCACAACGCCAUUUCAGUUUAACAACAUCCUCAUCUCUCUUCUUGCCCUCGGGUUCUUUUUAGUGUUAAAACAAGUGAAGUGGACUUCUCUAUAUUCAAUAAUGAGAUCAGAUCUUGACGCCAAUGCACCCAACUCCAUUGACGACGACCUCCCAAAGCUUAAGUUCCUAGACUGUUCUCUUAGAGUCUGUGCAAUUCCUCUUAGUGCUGCAACCAUCUGGCUGACUGUGACAAAUCGGCAGGAUAAUAGCAGCUAUGGGAAACUGGAGUUCAGCAAUAUUGUCGGCCUCCAGUACAUGGUUUGCAUCAGUGCUAUUUGUGCUUGUUAUUCUUUUAUUGCUGCUAUUUCCUUGUGGGUCAGAGGCUUGGUAGCGAAAGCUUGGCUCUUCUUUGUCUCCGACCAGAUUGUAGCUUACUUAUUAGUCACAUCCGGGGCAGCAGUGUUGGAGAUACUGUACUUAGCCUACAAUGGUGACAGAGAAAUCACAUGGAGUGAAGCCUGUAGUUCCUACGGAAGGUUUUGCAGUAGAAUGAAGCUAGCUUUAAUUCUCCAUGCCUUGGCUCUUUGGUGCUUCAUUGUUCUCGCUAUAAUCUCAGCUUAUAGGACUUUUAUCAUGUUUGAGCCUCCUUGCCUCCCUUCUAAAGAGGCGGAAGAAGAAAUAGCUUAAUACUCCUUUGAGUGGUUUUCUUGGGCACUCGGCUCUUAGAACAGCUGGAUUUCCAAUGGGUACUAUAUACAUAUAUGUUUCUUUGUAAUGAAAUAAUGAGUGUGAUAUUCAGAAACAAUGCCAAACUGAUCUCAUGUUGUUGAAGAAAUAAUAAACAAACUCGUUAUUGUGUGA